AGUCCGCACCUUUCCCAAGGAAUCUCACCUGGGCCACGACACCGUCCGCGCCCUCCUGUACUACGCCCUGAAGGUGUGGAGUGACAUCACGCCACUGAAUUUCCACGAAGUGGCAGGCAACAAUGCCGACAUACAAAUAGACUUCUCCAAAUCGGAUCACAGCGACGGAUACCCCUUUGACGGCCCAGGAGGCACGGUGGCUCACGCUUUCUUCCCCGGGGAGCACCACACUGCUGGAGACACUCACUUUGACGAUGAUGAAUAUUGGACUUUUCGAUCAGCAGAUACCAAUGGAAUGGACCUGUUUGCCGUGGCAGUCCAUGAAUUCGGCCAUGCCAUUGGCUUAAGCCACAUCUCUGCCAUCGAGUCUAUAAUGAGGCCAUAUUACCAGGGUCCUGUAGGGGAUCCCUUGAAGUACGAUCUGCCUUAUGAAGACAAAGUCCGGAUCUGGCAGCUGUAUGGGGUCAGGGAGUCUGUGUCUCCGACAGCCAAGCCCGAAGCCACGAAGGAGGAUGACCACCCCUUCCUGCCCGAUUUGCCCGAGAAUCGUUCAUCCACCCUGCUCCGGAGAGACGUGCCCAACCGAUGCAGCACGCAUUUUGACGCCGUGGCUCAAAUCAGAGGAGAGGCUUUCUUUUUCAAAGGCAAGUACUUCUGGAGACUGACCCGCAACAAGCACCUGGUCUCCCUCCAGCCGGCCCAGAUCCACCGCUUCUGGCGGGGCUUGCCUCUAAACCUGGACAGCGUGGAUGCCGUGUACGAGAGGACCCAUGACCACAAGAUUGUGUUCUUCAAAGGAGACAGAUACUGGGUGUUCAAAGACAAUAAUGUGGAGGAAGGAUACCCUCGGCCCAUCUCGGAUUUCGGCCUGCCGCUGGGAGGCAUCGACGCCGCGUUUUCCUGGGCCCACAAUGACAAGGCUUAUUUCUUUAAGGACAAUCUCUACUGGAGCUACAAUGACCGCGAGCGACGGAUGGACUCUGGCUACCCUUCGGCGGACUUUUUGUGGAAGGGGAUUCCCAGCCACUUGGACGAUGCCACGCGGUGGUCAGACGGAUCUACCUACUUCUUCAAGGGCAAAGAAUACUGGAAAAUAUCGGACAGCAGCCUGGAAGCGGAGCCCGGUUACCCACAAUCCAUUGCGAGAGACUGGCUGGUGUGCGGUGACAUGCAGUCGGAUGCGCCCGAGCCGGCCGAGAGCACCAGGACCGGGGUGCGUUCCAAGCAAGGACACCACGAUGAGAGCCGUUCUGAGAGCGAGGUGUGCUCGUGUACCUCGUCCUCCUCCGACCCACUCUGCUCGCGCUCAGUGCUCGAACUCUCCGUAGGCCUCGUCUUCGCUAGCCUUUGGACAGCAGCCUUGGCCGUUGGGCCGCUAUGACAGCUAGCGGGAGGAGGAUUGGACGAUGCUGCAGCAAUUCAGGGAUGCAAAGUGGGGAAGGGGGAGUUAAAAAAACAACAAAAAUAACAGGAUGCCGCACUGUUAAAACGAGCAACACACCACAUUCCUAGGAACGUGUUGGGAACGGUUUCAGAUUCUCCAUGAGAAGUGAACUUUGCUUUUUCUUUUUCUUUUUUGGUUUUUCUUUCCAAUUCCGUUCUUUUCCUUUUCUUUUUCUUAACUUAAUGAGCUUUAACAGCAGACUCCGGGGGUUGUCACUUUCUUCGUCUCCCCACUCCC